CUGCAGACGUUGUUGAAGUCCUCGGUCGACGCAGCGGUUGUUAGCAGAUGCAGCGGAUGGAUGUGAUGGAAACGAUCGUAAUUCAGAGCGCAGAAGCAGAGGGCAAGGAGGCGGCGCUGUCCGCCGCGGACUCUGACCUGUCGAAAGCGGGUUAGUGGCGACAGAUCACGAGGUCACCGGGUCAUCGUUGGCGCUGAUGAGUUCACUGAUGCAAACGGGAACAAUCGCGAUGAAAUGUUUCCUCGUGAAUACAGUCAGAAUGGAGUCGCAAUUUAAAAAAAAAAGUAUUUCAUAAUUCGAUUUGGGAGUCCAGUUGAAGUUGGUGGAAGUGGUCACUUACAAGUGUUUUGAGAGCAGUGUUAUUGCUGAGCAUCGGUGACUCUUCCUUGACUCUAGUGUCCCAGGUGACUUUGACUCUUGAGGACCUGUGGUUGAACGGCUGCUUCCUGCGGUCUGAGUGGACUCAUUUCGGCUUCUGUCCUCAAUUUUGAACUGACUGUAUUUAAGAGCUUCCUACUUUGUUCAUGCUCUGCCCUUCAUCCGUCCACCUGUGACUGUGGCUUUGUAGUUGUGCUGGAGCAGCGACUUUCAGAGACACCAUUGCAUUGCUGCACAGAGAUUGAGGAAGGGCCACCCUCCUGGUCCCGCCCGGCCAGGAUCAGAAAAACCUCAUUAAUCCUGAGAGUUCAUCUGGACAUUGCAAGCAACGUGGCACCUCGUCAACAUGCGACUAGAAAUGGAGCAGGCGUUCGACCAGCCGGUGUGUAAGAAGAAGAAACUCUGGGACGUGGUGUCGGACAAGGUCAACGCCAAACUCAGCGAGUCCAGCGACACCAGCGUCGCGGUCAGCGCGCACGAGUGCGACCUGAAGUGGAGGAACCUGCUGGCGACAUACAGGAAGAACAGGGAGCGGGUGAAGAAGCUGGGCGUGGCCGCGGUCCACUGGCCCUUCUUCAAGGCCAUGCACCAGGUCCUGGGGAGGAGCAGGGACCAACCGCAGCACAAAGUGGAGCAAGCGGUCACGAGCAAGAGGUUCACCCCCAUCCUCCCCACACCCCCUCCGGUGGUGACCGCAUCGCCCUGCGCUUCACGAGCGCCUCAGGACGUUUUGCAGCUGUACAUGGAGCUGCAGGAGAGGAAGAUGAACAUGUGGGCUCAGCAGAAGGCUCUGGAGGAGAGGAAGAUAGACGCCAUCAACAACCUGGCGCAGGCCAUCGCCGGCCUGGCUCACAGGAGCGGCACGCAGGGUCACACGGACGGACAGUAGACGGGGCUCUCAACUGGGACUCAUGGACGCAAAUGACAUUUAUUUCAACUCAAUGAUGUCAAACACCCGGCACGGGGACCAAAUCUGCCCGGCAACAUCAUUCCAUGUGGCCCCUGAGAACUGUAAAUAAAACUUUAUACCAAUUCAAAUAACAGGACUAUCAAGAAUUAUUUAAAAAAUCUCUUUCAUGCAGUGUCAUGAGCUCCUGCACAAGGUGAAUACCAGCUCCUACAACCCAAGCAACGCUCGCUUCCUGCACUAACUUGAGUUUAGUCGGAACAAAAGCUCUGCAAUUGCGCUCCGUCUCUGUGCUCCCUCCUCACUCUCCUCCCCAGGCUCACAAGCGUCCUCCUCCUCUUCAACCUCAGCCCCUGGCGCCUCCUCUCCUGCCUCCAGAAACACGUUAUGGAGCACGCAGGCAGUCACGGCUAUGUCUUUGGCACGACUGAAGCUGGCUACAUCCAGACACGUCAGUCUUCGGAAGCGGCUCUUUAGCCCGGCAACGGUCCGGUACAGGAGGUGGAGGUGCUGCUCCAGGGUUCUGUUGAAAAGCUCCUGCACGGGUCCCUGGCAGGCCUGGUACGGGGUCAGGAUCUGAGUUGUGAGGGGAAACCCGGCAGCUGCUACAAGGCAGGAAGAAGGUGGCAUCAGUUCCGGGUUCUGACAUAGCUUGAGGCUCAGGCCGGUGCCGCGGUCCACUUCGGAGCCUGCUCUGACCUGACAGUGGAGGAUUCUCCCUCUGUGGUCACAAACCAGCUCCAGGCAGAUCCAGGAAUCUGGGUCUCCCUCGGGUCUCUUCAGUGAAGGCUCCUGGAGGUCCAAGUGUUUACCUGCAGGCCAGCGAAGAGGAAUCCGGGUGUGUCCCAGGACUCCCAGGACCCGAGGAGCGACUUGAUCUCCCUCCUUUUCCAGGAGAUGGUGGAGUGGCUGCAUCAGCUCAGCAGCCUCCUGACCUGGAGGUCCACAAAGGACAAGUUAGACUUCAGGGUCUUCACAGUGGAGGACGAUGGACUGACCCACGGGCCACCUGAUCUUCUGAUCUGCCAGCGUGAUGACACUCUGACAGAAGGACGAGAAGAUCCGGUGGAUGUUUCCUUUCUCCACAUGGAAGCGGGUGGAGACGCUGCGGUAGCUGACACGCUCCCUCAGCAGCGUGAGCGACAGACGGACGUUCAGCGCCUGCAUCACAGUCAGGCGAGCUCGUCCACUCAUCCGAGCCUGAGCCUUGGUGCCCUCGAUCAACGCUGCCACGUGCUGGCGGGGGAGGGAGGACGAUCGGGUGGGUCAAAACAAAACAAACAUCGCACCACAAUUAGUGGGACUCACUUGAUUCGUGAUGCAAGAUUCAUAUUAGGAUUGCCAUAAAUACACGACGUCAUGAUGCGUUCACGGUCACGCUGGUUUACCUGGACCGCAGCAUCGUCAGCAGCCGGCGGUCCCCCGCGCUCGGUCCUCUCUUGUCCGCUCCGCCGUCCCACCGUGUCAGCGCGUGAGCUCCGCGGUCUCCGGAGAGUUCCGACCUGCUGCAGCUGCACACGCGCGGGGCUCGUCUGGACCGUCCUCAGCAGCUCAGCUUCCAGGAGCUCUUCCACCGC